AUGGCUCCCCAAAUGAGCUAUGACGAUGUGGCAUGGGAGCAGUCGGACGAAAUCUCGGACACUUGGGUCAAUAAAUUUCUUAACGUCGAGGUGAAGAAAGACAUUGCAAAUUUCAUCCUGACACAUGAUUCCGGCGACGACCCCGAAUUCAGUAUCAUCGGGAAAGGCUCGUUUAACAUCAUCUUGCAAAUGAAGUACACGCAAAGGGCGACUGAUAUUCGCUUUUCGCAACCUGGAGCGAUCAUUUUCCCCGAGGAGAAAACGAGAAACGAAAUUGCUUUGAUGCGAUACCUGUCAAAUCGGACAUCAAUCCCAAUCCCUUCUGUUCUUCACUCUGGGACACGAGAUGAGAGUCCACUCGGACUCAGCCCUUUUAUUAUGAUGAGCCACAUUGAACACACGACAAACAUGUAUACUGCAUUGAAUGCACCCAGCUGUCCGGUGGAGAAGCGAGGGUAUCUUAAUCCAGACAUCAAUGAAGAGGAUCUUUGGAAGCUCUACGCCGAACAAGCAAAGAUUCUUCUCGAGCUUGCCAAGCCAAAAUUCAGCUUGAUAGGGUCGCUUGUGCAGGUAGAUGACUGUACCUGGGAAAUAACCAGUCGUCCGUUAACAAUGAACAUGAACGAGCUCGUUCGCUUGGGAACAUUGCCUCGCUCACAGCUUCCACCACCCGAUGCCACUUUCAAGACUACGUCUUCGUACAUUGAAGCGUUAGCACAGCUUAACAUCCAACAUUUGAUUCAUCAAAGAAAUGAUGCAGUCGAAUCCGCAGACGACUGUCGGCGGAAGUAUAUUGCAAGGCAACUGUUCUACAAACUUGCCAAGGAAAGGAGACUCUUCAGCGCACGGCAUGAGCAUGGACCAUUCAGGCUCUGGUGUGAUGAUCUCCGACCAGGCAAUAUUCUCCUAAAUGACGAUGAACGAGUGACUGGUGUGGUGGACUGGGAGUUUACCUAUGCAGCACCGGUCGAGUUCUCAUUCGCACCUCCGUGGUGGCUUCUGAUCGAAAAUCCAGACGAAUGGUCUGAAGGAAUUGAGGACUGGAAACGGAUAUUUGAUCAACGUCUCAAGACAUUUCUCUCGGCAUUACGGCACUGUGAGGAUGCCGAGGGUCUGCCUAGUGAGCUUCGACUGUCGGCUGAAAUGGAAAAGAGUUGGGAGACCGGCGACUUCUGGGUUGUGUAUGCUGUUUUGCAUAGCUUUGCGUUUGAUGCGAUUUACUGGUUGGAGAUUGACAGACGGUAUUAUGGAGCCAUCAAGACUGACGAUGUAAGUGAGGCAUGGAAAGAAAGGGUACAGCUCUUGAAUGAAAGCCAAAGAGUGAAGAAGCUUGCCGAGAUGAAAAAUAGGGUAUUGGCAUGGGACCCAGAUGAGUAUACUGAAGAAUAUUACCAGAUACUGAAGAGGAAGAGACAAGAAGAUGCGAGUGAACAGGCUUAG